AUGUUUUUACACCGUCAGUACAUCGCCAAGAUCGCCAAGGUGUUUACGCUAUCGCCAAGGCCUUGGCGGGACCUCUUUAACGACGACCCCAACGGCGCCAACAAGGCAGCGGCGUAUGCACCUAAAAAAAUCAAUGAAAGGAAGGCCUGCAGGUCGAAGAUCCAAGAAUCCGAGUCGCCCAAGCUCGCUGUUUCCAAUUCCGCCAUGACGCGGCAGUCGAGCACUGCUCGACCGAGUCCAGCCGAGCAGCAAUCCUCGCUCCCCCCGCCUCGUGGGCCCCUUUCCGCCGACUGCCCGUCGAACUUCGCCUGCACGUUUGGCUGCGAGUCCUCCAAAUGCACCGCGCGGUCGAGCUGGGGAGGAAAGAGUGCAAGGACGCAAAUUCCGCAAUCGAUCAUGUUGAACCGCAAGGUCAACUCCAAAAGAUGA